GAAAAACGUCGGCGCCUUGGACUUCUAAUUUCAUAGCUUUUGAAUGAUUUCUCCUCACAUCCUUUUUUCGUUAAUGUGUUGUAAUAACUAGUAAGUGCAUAAAUGCUGUUCGUGCAUCUCGGUGGUAUAAGUUGAGAGGAGCGGAAAAGGAGGAGAGACUGAGAAUCUUCUUCCGCCAUACGCGUCGUCGUAACCGACUUAGCCAGAUAGAAAUAGACAUACAAACUGAGUGAGAGACGUAGAAAUGGAGGUGGAGGGUAGUAGUGGAAAGAAGAUAACGAUUGGAGUAUGUGUAAUGGAAAAGAAGGUGAAAUGCGGCCCCGAGGCAUUUUCAGCACCUAUGGGGCAGAUUCUAGACAGGUUACAGUCAUUUGGUGAAUUUGAGGUUGUACAUUUUGGAGACAAGGUUAUCCUUGAGGAUCCAAUCGAGCGCUGGCCAAUAUGCGACUGCUUGAUUGCCUUCUAUUCUUCUAGGUAUCCUUUAAAGAAGGCUGAGGCAUAUGCUAAAUUGAGAAAGCCCUUCCUUGUAAAUGAGCUGGAGCCACAACACCUUCUACAUGAUAGGAGGAAAGUCUAUGAGCGGCUUGAGUUAUAUGGAAUUCCUGUUCCAAGAUAUGCAUGCGUUAAUAGAGAAUUCCCCUACCAAGAGUUGGAUUAUUUUAUUGAGGAGGAAGACUUCGUUGAAGUCCAUGGGAAUCGUUUCUGGAAACCUUUUGUGGAGAAACCGGUUGAUGGUGAUGACCAUAGCAUAAUGAUAUACUAUCCCAGUUCAGCUGGGGGAGGAAUGAAAGAAUUGUUCCGAAAGGUUGGAAACCGCUCUAGUGAGUUUCAUCCGGAGGUUAGAAGAGUCAGGCGUGAAGGGUCCUACAUAUAUGAGGAAUUUAUGCCUACUGGAGGAACAGACGUAAAGGUUUACACUGUUGGCCCGGACUAUGCACAUGCAGAGGCCAGGAAAUCUCCUGUUGUUGACGGUGUUGUGAUGAGAAAUCCUGAUGGAAAAGAGGUCAGAUAUCCUGUUCUACUUACCCCCACAGAAAAGCAGAUGUCAAGAGAAGUUUGCAUUGCUUUCAGGCAAUCUGUUUGUGGCUUUGAUCUAUUGCGAUGUGAGGGGCGUUCCUAUGUUUGUGAUGUGAACGGAUGGAGUUUUGUUAAGAAUUCCUACAAAUAUUAUGAUGAUGCUGCCUGUGUAUUGAGGAAGCUGUUUCUAGAUGCCAAGGCCCCACAUCUUUCCUCAACCAUUCCACCAACCUUACCAUGGAAGGUCAAUGAACCAGCUCAGCCUUUCGAGGCCCUAACACGCCAAGGGAGUGGGCUCGGCACAUUUGGGCAAUCUGAAGAGCUACGCUGUGUAAUUGCUGUAAUUCGCCAUGGUGAUAGAACUCCAAAACAGAAAGUAAAGUUGAAAGUUACUGAGGAAAAGCUGUUGAAUUUGAUGUUAAAAUACAAUGGUGGGAGACCAAGAUCCGAGACAAAACUUAAGAGCGCUGUUCAAUUGCAAGAUCUCUUGGAUGCGACAAGAGCUUUGAUACCACGAACUAGAUCUGGUCGGGAAAGCGAUAGUGAAGCAGAAGACCUAGAGCAUGCUGAAAAGCUUCGUCAAGUUAAAGCUGUUCUUGAAGAGGGAGGGCAUUUUUCUGGUAUUUAUAGGAAAGUUCAACUAAAACCACUCAAGUGGGUUAAAGUUAGAAAACCUAAUGGUGAAGGUGAAGAAGAAAGACCUGUUGAAGCUCUUAUGGUUCUUAAAUAUGGUGGCGUUCUCACUCACGCGGGCAGAAAGCAGGCCGAAGAGCUGGGCAGAUAUUUUAGGAAUAAUGUGUAUCCAGGUGAAGGUACAGGCCUGCUUCGUCUCCAUAGUACAUACCGCCAUGACCUUAAGAUUUAUAGUUCAGAUGAAGGUCGAGUACAGAUGUCAGCAGCUGCAUUCGCUAAAGGGCUUCUUGAUCUGGAAGGGCAACUAACACCUAUACAGGUCUCUCUGGUUAGCAAGGACUCUUCCAUGCUGGAUGGACUUGAGAAUGCCAGCAUUGAGAUGGAUGAAGCAAAGGCCAGAUUGAAUGAAAUAGUAACUUCUGGAACAAGGGCUUAUCGUAGCAACGGGUCAUCAGAGAAACCGUGGAUGGUUGAUGGAGCCGGAGUCCCUUCUAAUGCAUCUGUACUUCUGCCCAAUUUGGUGAAACUGACUAAGAAGGUGACAGAACAGGUGCGACUUCUUGCCAAGGAUGAAGAUGAAGAACUUGCAGACACAAGCUCUUAUGAUGUGAUUCCAGCUUAUGAUCAAGCGAAGGCUCUAGGUAAAACAAACAUAGAUGUUGACCGUAUUGCUGCAGGUCUACCCUGUGGUAGUGAGGGGUUCCUUCUCAUGUAUGCAAGAUGGAGAAAACUUGAAAGAGACUUGUAUAAUCCACGCAAGGAACGCUUCGAUAUUACCCAAAUUCCUGAUGUUUAUGACUCCUGCAAGUAUGAUCUUUUGCACAACUCACAUCUGAAUCUGGUGGGGUUAGAUGCACUCUUCAAAGUUGCCCAGCUACUUGCUGAUGGUGUUAUUCCUAAUGAGUAUGGGAUUAAUCCAAAGCAGAAGCUAAAAAUUGGAUCAAAGAUUGCUAGACGCUUGUUGGGCAAAAUUUUGAUUGAUUUGAGAAAUACACGUGAAGAGGCUACUAGUGUUGCUGAGUUGAAGAAUUCUCAAGACCAGCAAUCAACAAUUAGCAAGAUUGGUGGGGAAGAAGAGAUAGAGCAUCACUUCAAACCCCAUGUACGUUCAAAGGAAGAGACGGAAUAUCUUCCCAAGCCUCAUUUGAGGACUGAUGAACAACCUAGAACUCCUAGGAGAUCUAGCUUCACCAGUGAAAAGUCUAUGGAUCAGGAUGAUGACGAUGACAAGGAAACCCAGUACCGAUUGGAUCCUAAAUAUGCAAAUGUGAAGACUCCAGAACGGCAUGUACGGACACGACUUUACUUUACAUCAGAAUCACAUAUUCAUUCUUUCAUGAAUGUUCUGCGAUAUUGCAACCUGGACGAAUCUCUUCAAGGAGAAGACAGCCUUGUUUGUGAUAAUGCUUUGGACCGCUUAUUUAGAACAAAAGAGCUUGACUAUAUGAGUUAUAUUGUAUUAAGGAUGUUCGAAAACACUGAGCUGAAUUUAGAAGACCCGAAAAGGUUCCGUAUAGAAAUGACAUUUAGCCGUGGUGCAGAUUUAUCACCAUUGGAGAAACAAGACAUAGAGGCAACUUCUUGGCGUCAGGAGCACACAUUGCCAAUAAUGGGCCCUGAAAGGCUUCAAGAAGUCGGAUCAUAUCUGACAUUGGAAAAGGUGGAAACAAUGAUUCGCCCCUUCGCCAUGCCUGCUGAAGAUUUCCCACCUCCAUCAACCCCUCAAGGAUUUUCAGGCUACUUCUCGAAAAGUGCGGUGUUAGAGCGUUUGGUAAACCUUUGGCCAUUUCACAAGCAUGGGAGCACCAACGGAAAGUAGGGGCUCAUUAUGUGAAAUUACAAACGGCCAGGAUUGUUGAAACUUGGAAGAUGAGCUUGCCUUUGUUAUAGUCUCUAAAAUUUGUUACACUAGUCUGGUAAUCUGGUAUGAAUGUUUUGUACUUUCUAGUCAAUCCCUAACCCACCUCGAAAUAAAUUAUGCCAGGUUGAUGUUCAGGGCAUGCUUGUUUGAAUGUAUUGAACUUUAAAGAACAUAUAUAAACAAUAGAAACUAAAAAGUAAAACUAUUUACCUGUGCAAAUGGUUGUAUCACUUGUAUGAUACUAUGAUCUAGUUUUUUUAGAGCCUGUAUCGCAGUAUUGGACCGGUUCUUGCGUUAAUUACUUAAUUGUUUUACCACCUCACAUACAAG